CGGCUCCCGGAUGCAUGUACCGCGGUGCCUCAGGGAACAUCAGCAUGGCUGACGGUGACUGGAUAGAUGAAGGCUGUAAAAACCGCUGCCUCUGUGACCGGGGUACCCUGAUGUGCAUGCCCAUGUGUGCCGAACCAUCGCCGCCAUCACCGACCCCACUCUGUCCCCGUCCUGUUGUUACCAAGCUGAGGGAGACCGACUGCUGCCGGGUCAUUGCGUGUCACGAUCCGAAAGCAGACAGUCCUAACGUUGUCCAGGAUGUAUCGGUCCUCGCCUUCAACAUGACGGCCGUUACUGUCGGGUUCACGCCGCCUGCCAACACGGACCUGAGAGCAAUGACCGAUGGCUACAUCAUUUACUACACCAAUAGGUCUGAAAACGUCACGCUUGAUGACUGGCGAGUACUACGAAAGGAUUUCCCUAUUGGCGUGGAGAUUCGCGGCCACAUCAUGAUGGAGAUUAAUAACCUGAUGCAAGAGACGACAUAUUACCUGAAGAUCAGGGUCAGUAUCCCAGACGAUGGGGACUCUCAGCCGGCCCCUCGAUGGCCAAACACUCUACCCAGUACGGAUAUCUUCCUUGUUACUACAUCAGAAAAUGAACCACAACCAUGUACUUACAAAGAUGCCGUUUACAAACAUGGCGAGCGUUUCAAUGAUGGCUGCGAGUCAGCGUGUGAGUGUCGAGCCGGUAGAACCAUCUGUCGCGAACUUUGCCCCAAGACGGAAGUGAUUGCAUCUGACCUUUGUCCCAAUCCUCGACAGGUCAUCAUCAAGGGCGAAUGUUGUCCGGAGUGGCGAUGUUUUCCAAACGACGGUGACUGCAGCCAUAGCAACAAGAUUUACCAGAACGGAAUGGAAUGGCGGGAAGGAUGUGACCUGCGUUGCCGCUGUGACGACGGGACAGUGUCAUGCCGUAAUGUAUGUAACAGCACGACGGCCACGCCCCGACAGCUAGAGUGUCCCUACCCCGUACAGGUCCGCGUCGCUGAUACUUGCUGUUUGGAAUGGGUCUGCUACGAAUUUCCACCAAGUACCAACUUAGCCAGCAAGCCUCUUCCAUUGCCCCUGUCCUUCUUUCUAAUCAACAUCUCGGCAACCAACACAUCGGCCAGGAGUGCGACCAUUAGAUGGCCCGCUCUGACGGACUUACAGAGACAGUAUAUCAGACAGUUCCGUCUCAAAUACAGGGAACUUACGUACGGUGGUACACCAUGGAAUAGUACAGUGUCCUUCAGGCCUGAGCUGCGAAAAUAUACGAUCCUGGACCUGCGCCCAGCUCGGAGCUACGUCGUACAGCUUGUUGUCUUGAUUGGUUCUUCAAAAGCCCAGGUCGGCAUCCAUCUACAGACCAGUAAAAUUGAGGUUGACACACUCUGGUUACCAUCUAUACCAUACCCCGGAAACGCGUUCGACAUCGAGAUCUAUGAAGUCACUACGACCACGGCGUCCAUCAGGUGGUCGGCGUUACCGCGAGAAAUCGUUUCUCAUAUUGUCGGCUGGCGGCUCAUGGUGGUGUCAAAGGACGAGAGCAGAGUGUUAGAGUCAGAGAUCGUAGAGCGUUCGGCUCUAUCGUACACGAUUCGUAACCUGACGGAGGGACAGACGUACCACAUUCAGCUCCUCGGUUUAUGGGACAACGACACCGUCACUCGAGAAGUACGAUCCAAGACCGUACCUAUUACCACCCAAAAACUAUUUGAUCUUCAGCGCAAAAGAGGCCUUUCGUCACCCAUGUCGGCGAUUGUCGGUACGAUCAUCGCCCUGUGUGUCUUCCUCGUGGUCGUCAUCGCUUUUAUCUACGUGAGAAUUAAGAAGAGGCAUUCAGAGAGGUACGACGUCUACGGGAGGAACGCAACGGUCAACUUCAGACCAUCGAACUACGAACACGUCUACGAAGGAACGCAUGAAAACGAUGAACAGCCUAACGAAAGACGGUUUAGUGACGCUGGUCUGCUGGAAAGCGGAAGAAGAGAUAGCGAGGCUGAACUCUUGGACAUUUGAAUGAAGCAAUGUUUGAUGCGAAUUAAUUGCAGCAGCAGAUAAUGGCGUUGCCAAAUGCCAAAACAGAAGGCCAUAAAUAGAGAUUUCCAUUUUCUAAAGGUUUCAAUAUUUGACACCAAGUUUCCGAUUCGUCAAAGACGAACAUUACUGAUAUUUAUUUAUUUAAAUCCAACCCGACGUAUCUUCAGAAGAUUUUUGCGGUUUGAUUUGUUAUAUUUAUGAAGGCUACCGGUAAACUAAAAUGACAGUAAUGUCGACGAGUGAGGCAUGCAGCAGAACAUCAGUUUGAUAGAGUAAUAAAUGAAAUAGAUCCGAGUCUCAUGUAUAAGUUUGUGUAAGUGCAACUCUAACGCAUUUUUAUAGCACUCAAAAUGAACUGAUCAGAGGUUUUCAGGCAAAGAGGUUUUGAUUCAGUUUCAUUGUUGAUCAUGUGGAAAUUCAGCUGAACAAAGCACAGAGGGUUCUUUUUUUCUUUAUGUGUGUGCUCUCUCCCUCUCUCUCUCUCUCUUUCUCUCUCUCUCUCUCUCUUUCUCUCUCUUUCUCUCUCUCUCUCUCUAUCUAUCUAUAUCAACGUCUACUCCUUCAGGAAACUUUUUUAGAUUAAUAAUCCAUGUGGAAUCUCAAAUUCUGCUUUUAUAUCAUUUAUCUAAAUAAUUGUUUCUCCGGAUGAUGAUUUGAUGAUAGAUUUGUAUGGAGAAAUUCUGUAUUGGCCUACCAUGUGAUAUUUUAGUACUAAUCGCUUUAAAUCAUUUUUUAAUAUCGAAUUAAAGAAAUGUAAUAUUUUGUUUAUUUGUGAUGUUCAUGCAAAUCAUUUUAAUCAAUACCAAUUUGAUAAACGAAAACAUCUCGUAUAGCUGGUAGUUUUACUGUUAUUUUUUAGAACUUUUCUUGCCCAUUAUUGAUGCAUUUUAUUACCCGCAAGAAGGCUCUAUUUAUCAUAUCCCGGAGUUUGAUAAUCAUGAGGAAUAUUGAAAUAUUUGUUCUCCUCUGAAAAAAUAUAUUUAGCCGGUCUAAAUUAUUGUAAACCUUUUGCUAUAUAGUAAUGUGAUAUACACACCUUAAGGACUGUGAUUCGAAUUUUCUAGUGACGUAAAUAUUUUGAAAGAAAGCAUAUUUACAUUUUUGUUUGUUAGUGUUUUCAUAGAUAAUUAUGACUUGUGUUCGAAUUAUCCGAAGUUAUUUGCAUUAGAUUGCACUAACCUUGCCUUUUUUUGUCUGUGAAAGUUUUGAAGUUCUUGAUUUAUUAUGUUUGAUAAAACUAGUGGUUACAGGUCUUUUCGUUUACCGACUAUUAAAAAUAAUGUUUUGUUUAGAUAAUGUGUAUUCAAAGAAAUUUAAUUGAUUUUUAGAGCAAUUAUAUUUCAACGUAUGAGGCUAAUGAUUAAUGGGCAAUCCAACAUGGGGGAAAAUUGUACACUCUUUUAAUCUGUACAUGAAUUUCAACACUCUCUUCGACGCAAAGAGCUGAAACAAAAUGUUUAAUAUAUUAAAUUUGAAAUAGCAAUUAAGAACAUUUGAACAUUUAAUCCAUACUAAAAAUAAUAAUAAAUACAAUUCAUGUCAUUUUGUUAUCGCCAAUUUCCAUUGGGUUGCCCUGAUAUGAAGAAAUUAAUACAAACGGAGACUUUAUUUAUUACUGCUUAUAGUACUUUCAUUGUGAUAGAUUAUCGGUACUUUGACUUAAAGUCAUUUAAGGAAGAAACUUGCCUGGAGACAUGUUGGGAGUUGACUAACUCUAAAUUUUGAUUGAAGAUUGUCUAUUUAUAUGUUUUGUGACCAACAAUCCUUUUGUAUAAUGUAUUACUUCUCAAAUUAGUGUUCUUAUAUAAUUUAAAAUUAUUUAAUGUUUCAAUAGAUACGAUACAGUUCAUGCGACACAUACUUCGAAAAGCAUGUUUUAUAACUUAAAGAGAAAUGCAAUAUAGGAAAUAGCUAAGACAUAAAAACAAUUGUUAGGUAUUUCGGGAGAUAAUUAUGAUGAUAAAUGUGCUCAAAUUCAAACUUGUAAUACAUGUUGCAUUGUGUUAAUUGUUUCGCAUUGUUUGUAAAUUCUUCCUCAUAAUAUCAUAAAUUUGAUAGAUUAUGAUCUGUUAA